GGGGCGCCGACUUGCGGACGUGGGCAGGGUGACAGGUGCGAACAUGCAGUGAGGUGGCGGGGCGGCGGCGGUUGGUCCCUCCCGCCCUCCCCCUGCCCCGGAGCCGGCCGCCGAGAUGUGGCUGAAACCCGAGGAGGUGCUGCUGAAGAACGCCCUGAAGCUGUGGCUGACGGAGAAGAACCACAAGUACUUCGUCCUGCAGCGGCGCAGGGGUUACGGCGAAGGAGGCGGUGGACUAACGGGUCUCCUUGUUGGAACGCUUGACACUGUGUUUGAUUCAACUUCCAAAGUAGCUCCAUAUCGCAUUCUACAUCAGAUACCAGAAUCCCAAGUCUAUUGGUCCAUUGCUUGUGGAGCCAGCAGUGAAGAAAUAAAUAAACACUGGGAAUGGCUGGAACAAAAUGUGAUGCCAAUACUUUCUGUAUUUGAUAGUAAUGAAGAUAUUACUAGCUUUAUUCAGGGUAAAGUACGGGGGCUAAUAGCAGAAGAAUCUCAAAGUACAUCAAUAAAGGAGGAGGAUGACCCUGAGAAAUUUCGUGAGGCCUUGUUGAAGUUUGAUAAGUGGUUUGGACUGCCUGAGCAAGAGAAGCUGGUGACCUACUAUUCGUGCAGUUACUGGAGUGGAAGGGUGCCAUGUCAAGGCUGGCUAUACCUCAGUGCCAAUUUUCUCAGCUUCUAUUCCUUUUUUCUAGGCAAGGAAGUUAAGAUUAUUAUUUCCUGGGAUGAAGUAUCAAGGCUUACAAAGACAACAAGUGUCAUCCUCUCUGAGAGCAUACACAUUUGCAGUCAUGGAGAAGACUACUACUUUUCAAUGUUCAUGCAUUUAAAUGAAACAUUUCUGCUGAUGGAACAGCUUGCAGAUUAUGCCGUAAAGAGAUUAUUUGACAAAGAAACCUUUGAAAUGGAUUUAUUGCUCAGUGACCAUUUACAAAUAACAAAAAGACUUUUGGAGAAUCGAGCGAGGAAUGAAUAUUUCACUGCACUCUUUAGGCUUCCCAGGGAAGAAAGUCUGGAUGACAUACUCGACUGUUUUCUUUGGAUUCCUUUUUGCCAUGCCCACGCAUUUGGGAAAAUGUUCAUUUCAGAUAACUACAUCUGCUUCAGUAGCCAGGAUGCAAAUCAUUGUAAUGUAAUCAUUCCAAUGCGGGAGGUCACUGGUAUGGAAACGCCAGACAGUUCAGGCAAACACAUCUCCUUCAGUACCAGAAGUAAAAUAACCUUCCGCUUCACUGAAAUUAAGGACCGUGACGGUCUUGUGAAGAAACUCGAAGGGAGGCUGAAGUGUGACACGAGUGGAAGCACACAAGGCACUUUGGGAAAGGAAGAGAAAUCGUGUCUAGAAAGUGCUCAGGAAGAUGGUACUUUCUUUGGGCACAGUGAUCCUAUGCUUUCAUUUACUGGCGAACAGCAUAGUGCUUUACUUAAAGAAAGCAAUAGAACAGUCAACACUGAAGCAUUAAUGAGAGUCUUUCAUCCACAAGAUGCAGAAAAUCUGGAUUCAAAAAUGUUGAAAGAAAAGAUGAAGGUGCAAUCAUGGAACAUCCAUUUUGUGGAAUAUGGUCAUGGAGUCUGUAUGUUUCGUACAAAAAAGACCCGAGACCUGGUAAUGAGAGGAAUCCCAGAAGCCUUAAGAGGAGAACUUUGGUUGCUGUUUUCAGGUGCAAUUAAUGACAUGGCUGCUCACCCUGGCUAUUAUACUGAAUUGGUGGAAAGAUCCAUGGGUACCUGUACUCUGGCUACUGAUGAAAUAGAACGUGAUCUACAUCGCUCACUGCCUGAACAUCCAGCAUUCCAAAGUGAUACAGGCAUCUCUGCACUGAGAAGAGUUCUCACAGCCUAUGCUUCCCGGAACCCUAAGAUAGGCUAUUGCCAGGCGAUGAAUAUUCUGACAUCAGUUUUACUACUUUAUGCAAAAGAAGAAGAAGCCUUCUGGUUACUGGUUGCUGUCUGUGAAAGGAUGUUGCCAGAUUAUUUCAAUCGUCGAAUAAUUGGUGCUUUGGUGGACCAGGCAGUUUUUGAAGAAUUUAUUAGAAGCCACCUUCCUCAGUUGACUGACCACAUGACGGACAUGACUUUUUUCUCAUCUGUUUCCUUGUCCUGGUUUCUCACCAUCUUCAUUUCUGUGCUGCCCAUCGAGAGUGCAGUAAAUGUUGUUGAUUGUUUUUUCUAUGAUGGUAUAAAGGCAAUCCUGCAGCUGGGCCUGGCAAUUCUAGAUUAUAACAUGGACAAGCUGCUACUCUGCAAAGAUGAUGCUGAGGCAGUCACCAUUUUAAACAAAUUUUUUGAUAAUGUCACCAACAAGGACAGCCCUUUGCCACCAAUGGUGCACCAUCCCCCUAUAGGUUGUGACAACCAGCAUCCUCAUCCUAAAGUGGACAUAACGGAACUUAUCCGGGAAUCUUAUGAGAAAUAUGGUGAGAUUCGAUCAAUGGAAGUUGAAAGUAUGCGACGUAGGAACAGGUUAUAUGUGAUUCAGACUCUAGAAGACACCACAAAACAUAAUGUGCUGCGGGUUGUAUCUCAGGAAGUGAUGUUCAAUUCUAAAGAUUUGGAAGACCUCUUUGAGCUAUUUAAGCGAGAGCAUUUCUUAAGCUGCUACUGGAUUCCACAUAGUCCAGCACUCAAACACCAUGACUCUAGUCUCCCAUAUCUGGAGCAGUAUCAGAUCGACAGUAAGCAGUAUCGCAGGCUGUUCAAGCACCUGAGUCCAUGGUCUCAUUCUGCAAAUGCAGAUUCAUUAGCAAUAUGGAGCUUUCGGCUUCUCGAUGAAAAUUCUGACAACCUCAUCAAUUUCAAAGAAUUUGCAUCUGUUCUAGAUGUGAUGUACAAUGGAUCAUUUACAGACAAACUGAAAUUACUUUUUAAAUUACAUAUUCCACCAGCAUUUAUUGAAGAUGAAGGGACAAUUCCCACAGCUUCAAAACACCCACAACUUCUCGAUGAAGCAGUGACUCGUGGUGAUCAGCUUAAUGGAAGUAACAAAGGGAAGGUUGAUAUCCAGUCCUAUUUGAAACAGUGGCACGAUGAACUGGUGCGGAAGGAAGAAAGUAUCCGAGCCCUGCCCAGGAUAAAUCAGUCACAAUUCGUUCAUUUCUCCAAGACACUAUAUAACCUGUUCCACGGCGAUCCCAAUGAGGAAGCACUCUACCGAGCUAUAACUACUGUCACCAGUCUCUUGCUUCGAAUGGAGGAAGUGGGACGAAUGCUGAACAGUCCAAGCUCCCCCAUCCGCAGUGCAUCGGUUGCAAGUCAAGAUUGUGGAAGCAGUGAUGAUAGCCAGGAGACCCAGACCGUGCACAAGGAUGAAGCAGUACCCCAGGAAUCUAACACUGACAUCGGAUGGACCUUUGCCUUUGAACAGAUACUGGCAUCGCUGUUGAAUGAACCGGUUCUGGUUACGUUUUUUGAGAAACUUUUUGACGUAAAGGUAAAAAUAGAACAAGCUAAAUCUCUUCAACUGAGGGCUAAGUAUCAGCCAAAGGCCCAUGACUGAGACUGUAGCAUGGUCUCCGUAUGCCAUAUUCCAUUCUGCAUUGAUGCAACAAUGCAAUACAAGAAGCUCUGAAUUUUUCUGUUGGUGGACAAUGGGGAAAUGCCUCAGUCAUUUUGCAUGGUGUUUCUCUACUGUCUUGGCACGGGCUUUACCCUGAUAAUUAAUGCCUCUGCUAAAAUAGCAUGGAAAUUUGCACAAAUGAAAUUAACAAUUAUUCUCAUAACUGACAGUGAUGACUAGGCUGCAGUUUGACUUUGCAAUGUAGAAAAUCUGUUUUGACAGAUUUUAUAUCCGUAUGUACAAACAAUUGAACCACAAAUCAACUGUUCUGUUCCCGGCAUUGAGCAAAUUAGUUUGUUUCCAUGGGCUGGUGUAUGGGUGUUUCUGAGAUAUCUUGUAUGAAAUGAGAUGCUUAAAAAUAUUGAAAGACAAACUGACUUAAAGAAGUUUGGUCUUAAAUUAACAUUGUUCUGCACUUUCUGUAGCAGAAUCUUUUGUUCUGUGCUUGUUCAUUUCAAUUUUGUGCUGCGCUUCUCCUGUUGGUCUGUAGAGGGUGCCCACGUAAUAUUUUUCCCAUUGGUUGGAGAAUAAAAAAAUUGCUGUCCUUUAGUUUAAACACUCACUGGACUGAAAGCAAAUGCAUUUUUCUUAUUUAUACUCAAGUGUUUGUUUUUUUAACAUUAAAAAAAACACUAUUUGUAGCUCUACAAAUUCUAUUAGAAAAGGGAAUCUUUAAAAAACAAAUAGUCCUGUAUUUUUGAAGUAUGUUGCACACUUGUACAAUUUCAAAAGUUUAUUAAUCUAUAUUAGCUUUCUUGCUUUAAAAUGUUUUUAUGAAACUGUAUAAGAAUCAUAGCAUACAGUAUAUUUAAAGAGAACUGAACUAUUGAUCUGAUCAUUCUAUGAUAUUGCAAAAAUACAAAAUUAUAAAGUUUAUAUACAUCUUUCCAGUUCAAAUGGCUUGAAACUUAACAUUAGUCACAAAAUUAUACUUUGAUUUCUUUGCUCAUAUUCAGUGAAGAUAGCGCAUUGCUCUAAUUGAAGUAUAAAGGCACGUUAUAUUCCACAUAAAAGUUAAAACAUUAUAAAGACAACAAAUACUGCUUUCAAAUUUUAAUCUCGAGCACUAAAACAAUUCUGCCAAACCUUAGUUUUUUUUAGGAUCAAGUGUAAAAAAAUAUAUAGAUUUGAAACUAUAAAAACAACUUUUUGUGCCAAUUAUUGAGGCACUUGCUUUAUGUUCUAUGUAUAAAUUCUGUAUUCAACGUGAUGAAUUCUUGCUUUAAAUUCCUUUGUUUCAUAUUGUAGCAAAAGCUCACUUCAUGGAUAUGUUCAAAAAUAAAUAUUUUGGUUUCUAAUUGUUUUUUUUACAGUUUGUUCUGUUUUCAAAUAAAAUAUAUUGACAGACUA